GUAUCCACACGGUGCAGUCGUGCAUUCCUCUAAGCGUGCCCAUGGAAUUUUCAACGGAGCAGGCGGAGGAGGAGGUGGGGGAAAUCGAGGAUGAAAUGCGCAGAGGCAAGAGAGGAACGAAAGACUUCCAACGGCGCGCGGUGAUCAGCAACUUGCUGACCCUCGUAGAGUUCGUUCUGAGUCUGGUGAACGCCGUGAAGAGGGACGGGUUCCAGUUUGCCACGCUGACGGAGUUUGUCUUCGUGACGUCCGCGGCGAUGAAAUUCGUCGGCCUCCUCUUUGCGCUAGUCCUGGCCGUGGGCGCGUACAUGGCCGGGCGGUAUCGCUUUGGGAAUGGGGGGUCUCCGCUCGCGAUGGUUUGGAUGGCAAAAAGGAAGAACGACGAUUUCCUCAUGCGCACGGCAGUCAUCACGGGAUUCGGGGCGCAGGCGCUUGCUGUCUGGGCAUCCGCGGUAGCGUACAACUUCGCGUCAGAUGCCGGCAUUCCCGCGGGCGGGGGAAUGUUUUUGGCUUCUGUAUUUUUUCUGCGAAUGAUUAUUUACGCCUGCCAUCGGCAUGGGCAGCUUCUCCCCCGGCCGACGAGCGACCCCUCGGCCACCACGGAUGAAUGCUCGAUUCUGGCUCUCGGUCACUUGAUUGUGUUGCUUGUUGCUCUUAUCGCCCCGCUGGCCAUCGAGGCGAUCGAGAGCGUUCUGCUCUUUAGCAUGACGGAGUCCCCGGAGGAUAUAGUCUUGGCAAUUAUCGAUGUCGGCCUCUCGUUUGGGGCGAUCCCGUUCGUUUGCUCGUUCCUGGGUAAUGAACUUCCCGAGAUGUGGAAGUCGGUCACCUCCUACCAUAGCCAGGAACGCUGAAAAAUUGGUCUACGUCUGUAUUGGUGUUUGAGGGGGGCUGCUGAAUCGAGAUGGUUUGAACUCGAUGAGCUAGCUGAGGUGUCACGACAAGCUGCUGAGGCUAGUCGCUGUUGUUUGACAAUUUCGAGGGAGAUGUCGUUUGAGGUAGAAUAUCAUUUGCCACCCGUGUUGGAGAGUAGGUGUACCUUCUCUUGUUUGGACGUGUAGGACGAGGUGUGGUAGCUUGUGCUAUCCGGACGUACGUCUCAUGGGACCCAGCCUACCACCAUACGUAGCCUAUAUGGUUUGGUAUCUUGUGCGCGAGACAAUUUUUCUGGCUUUGUUUCGCGCAGAGCGCUGCUGGUGCGUGCGUCGCGCGUGGUGAAGUCGAUACUGGUACACUUUGGUAGCUGGGCGUUUCAAUGAAAUCCAAAGGCGACGAUCACUCGGAAAAUGACUUCCGUGCGGGCUAUACCACCGACGGUGGAGCGAGGGGUAGUGUAGAAUUGAACAGCCGCUGGCCGCGAGAUACAGGCACAUGAAAUAUCUUUGGACUCGUCAGGGCGGGGGUCGGCAACAGCGUGUGGAUCAGGCCCAGAUGAAAGUAGUCGUCCGUUGGCAAGCAGGUGAACCGUCUUCGUCUGUGAUGUAGAGUCUUAGCUAAUCUCUGCAGAAAACGUUACUUUUUGAAAAAAGGUGUUCCGAACAAUGUAUGGAGUAUGUUUGGCGUGUCUCGAGC